GACUCCUUGUGUUAUGUUUGAUAAACAUCGUGAAUCAGUGAUUAACAGUUUAAUGCAAGGAGCUUUGCAAUGGCCCGUAUAGAUUUAGGACCAUGGCUUUAUCCAAAUGGAAUAGUUUUGGUGAAUGGAAAGCAGUGUUGAGUAUUAAAUUACUGAGCAAAUAACUGACACUGCGCAGAAUGUACUUGUAAUGUCGUCAGUAUAUUUGCCAUUUAUGUUCGCGAAUUCUUCAACUAUUUUAUUCAUAUUGCUGGCAUCUUUUCAUACGGUCAUUACAUACACGCACUGGGUGCUCAAUGAUCAAGGUCGCAUUAGAUCAAAGGUGUAUUCUGAAUUCCAGCUGCGAAAACCAGAGAAUCUAGUUAUUUUUUUACGCACAGAUGAUGAUUUAAUGCACCUAAAACAAGUUAAAACAGAAUUAGCAAAGGAAAAAAAGUUUUUGGAAGUAGAAAGAGAUGAAGAAAAAGUGGAUUUGGUGAUGAAAUAUCAUGCCGAAGAUGAGGAUUGUUUACUUGCAGGAAAGCCAUUAAAGAAGUUUGAUCUAAAAAUCAGUACCCUCAUUCCUUUUGAUACUCUUGGAAUCAGAUACAGUGAUCACAUUGACUUUACAAGUGAAUUGCCACCAACAAAACAGGCUCCUUUUUGCACCGUCAGUCUACCAUUCAGCAUGAUCACAAUGGACCAUCUUGAAGGACUGGUAAAGAGAGACGAACUUAAGAAUUACUCUGAAAAGGAACUUAACAGACAUUUGUUUGCCGAAUAUCAGCUGGAAAGUUUGGGUAACCGAGUAAACUUCUCACUAAGUAAGAACGAAACCUCGUGGGUAUUGUUGAACGUCGCAGCUCUAUAUUGGAGGAUUAAGGGCAAUGCGCUUGAAGCAAUCGAAUGCUUAAGAAGAGCUUUAUAUUAUUCUCAUGGCCGUUGCUGUGUCAGAUAG